AUGGCGCAGUUAUCGGAAACGUGGCAGCAGAAGCAGCUGCUGCAGUCCUUCUGCAGCCAAGCUGCAUCUGCUACCGUGCUGCGCCUCAGCAGGGCCUGUGCAGUGGCCGGAACAGCAAAUGCACUAGAAUAUCUGGACGUAUUGUUGUCGCUGUACGGUGACUCUCUGUGCUGCACUUUGUUACCGGACUCUGCAUCAGCAGCAGCAGCAGCACAUGAACGGUCAGUAGGGACACCACGUGAAGAUGCCCGCACCACAAGUAAUCUUAGUGGGGGCUCUGCAACUGGCUUCGCCCUACCCUCAUAUUUGGAGAGAUCUUUCUGGGGGCCUUUAAAAUUGACGGACGAGUCUGUCGAUGAGGGAGUCGCCGCUUUUGCUGCAUGUACACUUCAAUACGCGACAGUUGAAGGAGCUGCAAGCCGAAGGACACAGGGAGACCAAGGGCUGAUUUUGACUUACGGAGCAAGUGGACUUGUGCGGUUGAUGCUGCUCACCCUGCAAGAGACGCAAAAGCAGACAGAGCAAGAACACUUGAAGGACUCUGCACUGCGGACUGGGGCUCAUAGGCUUGGCGGUGGUAACAUCCGGAGAAGCGAUGUCAGCAACCAGCCAUGGGCUAAGAUGCAACUCCUGCAGAAGUGGAAGGGUACCUCGAGUGUUGCACGCGUCGCCUCAAUUUCCGAGCCCUUGACGGUUUUCACUUCAGCUACUGCUGCAGCUGCCGUGGCACCACCAGGGCUGGCAGCAUCAGCGUCAGAGACGGUAGCAACUGUUCGUCUUGCUGCCGUUGGCUGCGUCGGGGGAGAAGUAGAGGUGGUGCUCCUGCAGCAGACAGUAGCAACUCCCUGCUGCUCUCUGAAGCAUCCUGCUGGCGUCACUGUACUUAAAUUCCAUCCAUCUCGAGCACUGCUGGCGGCCGGUACCGCCGACGGCUUGGUGCGGGUAUACGAUCUAUCAUUUGCGGCAGCUGCAACCAUAGCAGCAGGAACGCCUGCAGCGGCAGAACACGUGCCGUUCGUAACCCUGAAGGACCAUGUCAACAGUAUAAGUGCACUUACGUUCCUUCCAGCGGUUGCCGCCGCUGCGCUGCAGCAGCCAAAACAGCUACGGAAAUAUGCAUUAUCAUCGGCAACAACGCGUUUUUUAGAUGUGUUGGUGUCUGCGGGGACGGAUGCUUUGAUCAAUGCAUGGUGCUUAAAGAUCCUACCGCACACUGCAGGGCUGUUGCUCAUGCCACAGCAGUUUGAUCGGCAGCACACGUUGCAGCAGCUUCGGAAGAGCGCCGUGCGGCUGCAGAAGGGAUUGCAGCAGAAGAAGCAGCAAAAGGGCUCAGAGCAGGAGCAGCACGAGUAUCUUCUGUUGAUGCAGCUGCCAACAGUUGAGGUAGUCACAGCAAUGACGGUUGACUUUGCAGCGGAGGAGCCACUUUUGCUUUCCGGAGGAUCCGAAGGCCUUGUCAAGCUUUGGGACCUCAAGCAAAAGAAAGUCCUUAAGGUACUAAAAACAGUGGCAGCGCUUUCAGGGGGAGCCACGGGAAGGCCGGAAAGAGACGAUGAUCUGGGCGCCUUCAUUCGGACUCUGCUGCUGCUGCCCACAAGCAGCAGUUACAGUGACCGCUUGAAGAGAUUUUUCACAUUGUUAGUUGCACAGGACUCCGGACUAAUAUCUGUGGUUUCCCCGCUGCCGAAGUUGGCGAAUUUGUGUCAUGUUAAGACCCUUUGUGCAGCAGAGAGUGGAGUACCAAGGGCGACUACAACAAUGAUAUGUUUGCUCGGACGCCUUGAUGGCCUUUUCGCCUGCCGAUGGGUUCCUCAACCUCCAGAGGAGUGCCGGUGUUCCUAUUGCUGCUGCAGUUUGAGGAGGAAUGAACGCUAUGCAUCAGGCUACUACCCGUCAACUCUGUUGGCACUAACAGGCGACCCAUGCGGCUGGCUGAUUGAUUUGGGGUCUGGGAGCUUAGGGAGCAAACCCCUAGGGUUUCCAGCUUCAGGGUUUACGAAACAGGGCCAAACGGAGGCCUUUGGACAUCAGGGAGCCGUCUCUUGCUGCGAUAUCUCGAAGAGAGGUUGCUGGGUGCUGACUGGGAGCCGCGACGGUGCCCUUUGCCUCUGGCAGACCGCCUCGGGUCACCUCGUUGCCAAACUUGAGGGAGCCCAUGAGGGGUGCAUCACUGCCGUCGCCUUCCAACGCAAAAAUUGGGCUAAAGCGAGUCAGCUCCUGCAACGACCUCCACAAAAUCAGGCGCAAGAGGAUAACAGGGUGCUUGAGUGUAUGUGUGAUUGCCGGGGCAUUUCGCCCUCUGAACCCCAUGCCCUGUUGUUCGUUUCUUGCUGCGAGAAAAACAGCCUCAAAUUGUGGCGAGUCCGCAUUCCUCAAGGCAUCUUCGCCAUUCCCCACUUACAAAACCAAACAGAUGCUGAAGCAGAGGAUGGAGUGGAAGCAGCAGCAGGGAGAGGUCGAGCCAAUGGGGCACGUGAUGACUCAAGGGGACCUACAGGGGGGCUUCCGCUGACCGAGAUGGAGUGCCUUGCGACCGUCGUUGCCCACAGCAGAGAAAUCAACGACAUCAAAUUCGCACCAAACGAUAGCCUGGUGGCCACGGCGAGUACGGACAAGACUUGUCGCCUGCUUUCUGUGCCUUCACUCGCACCUGCGGGUGAACUGCGGGGUCACAGGAGAGCUGUGCAGGAGUUUCAGUUUGCGGAGCGAGAAAGAGUCGCGGCCACCGCCUCCCUGGAUGGCACCAUUAGAUUAUGGAAUCUCAGCUCUUUUACAUGCAUCAAGACCCUACAGGGAGAUGUGGCGUUCCUCUGUGUGCGCUUUUUAUCCCUGGAUACGCAAGUUCUCGCCUUUGCUGCCGACGGCUCCGCACGGCUUUUCAACUGCCGUACCGCGGAUUGUGUAUGGGCACUCGACUUAUGGGGCGCUGCCGCUGUCUCGGGAGGCGCGGACGGCCGCCUCUGCGUUUGGCGGGACGUCACCGCCGAAACGAAGGCUGCACAAAAGGUCAAAACAGAGCUGCCCGAUAUGUGGGCUGCUAGCAACUGGCUAAUGAGUAAGCCAGCGAUCUGGGUAUUUACUGGGAGGCAGGCAUAUCGAAAAUGGAGAUGCUGCUUGUGUGUAGCAAUGUGUCAUUCGCUGCAGUUGCAUUCAUUGGAGGAGCAGCAACAACUUGCUGCUGCACAGAGAAUGGAGGCUGAGGGGCGGAGCGAAGAGGUUGUGGAUCUGCUGUUGCAGCUGAGAAAGAAGUUUGGCCUGGCUGCCUUUGUACAAAGGCGGAUUGUGCAUUCUCUUGCACAAUCUCUCAAUAGAGCAAACCCUGCUGCGCUCAUGCGCACAGGAGACGCUUCAUCACUUUUCCUGCUGCUACCACAGCUGCAGCAACAGCAGCCUUCAGAGCGGAUCACACAGGGAGACACUGAUUGGGCACUUUUGGUUGGGGCGCUUGGCCAUGAAGAGGCCAGAACUCUUCUAGGCUUUGUCGCUGAGUGGACAGCGGAGCCAGCAAUGGCAGCAGCAGCCCAUGGGCUACUGAAUCUACUGCUGCGGAGGCGGCGAACUGAAUAUCUCUUUGGCGGCAGUACCAGCUACGGCAAGCAAGAGGAUGCAGGCGCAGAUGCUUCUUGGAUCCGAGACAGGCAUUCGACAGUGGGGAACAAGCCGGCAGGGCAGGUCCUCAGGGCCUUGGAGCUCUGCUCACAGAGACAGGAGCGCCGUGUGGCAGCGCUCUUGCAAAAGUCGUUCCUCCUAGACCUCCUGCUUCCCGGGGCUGCUGCGGUGCAAGAAGAACUACAUCAACUGUUGUUCCCGCUGCAGCAGCAUGAACCGGUGGGUAAGAGGAAAGUGCCAUUCAGCAUCAAGAUGGCAGGAAAGAAGAGGCAAAAGGUCCUGCAGGACCAGCAGCUGCAGCAUCUGCAGGAACAGCCGUUUGUCCUCAGUGCUGAGGCUUUGCAGCCACACUUCGGCACCGAGUUCACGGAGCGCUGCCUCUAUGGGGAAACGUGA